AUGAAGCCCGUCGUGGGUGCCAUGCAAGCAUGGUCUUGCUUUGUCAUCUCCAUAUUCGCCAUCGUCGUUCUCUCGGUCCUCUCUAUCCUGUUCAACAAGAACCACCCCGAGCUAGUUGGCGGCGACGAGGAUCCCGAGAACGGGCCCGAGGUCGCAAAGACCCUGUUCGUCGCGAUAAUGAUCUACAUCGGGUUCAUCGUCUUCUGUGGUAUCCAGGGCCUACUCCAUCUACGAGAAAGCCGGAGAGGCGCCAUUGCGCUAUAG